UUCACCACUCACCACCACUCACUCAAUCACCCAGUCUUCCAAUCUUCCAGUCUCCCAGUCUCUCAAUCUUCCAACCUCCCUCCCUCCCUACCUAUCAAUUCAAUUCAACUCAACUCAACUCCAACGUCAACUCCAUCUCCAUCUCCAUCUCCAUCUCCUUAAUAACCCCAAAUCUCCAGCAUCAUCUCUCCUCGCUCCUCUCUCCGUACGGCGCAUAACCUCUCAAGAUCAACAACAAACAAAUCAAAACAAAUAACCACCUCCCCGCCUACACACGUCAAAUAUCUUUGGGAAAUUUCUCAUCAACAGCUAUCAAAACUGUGACAGUUUCAUCCAGUCAUCUAAAUAAGUAUUUACAACAAUACUUGAAUAAUCGCCAGUCAUGGCAGGAAACCCAUUGGGCUCUGCCUUUAAGUCUUUCUGGCAUACUAUGACCAGUUAUGAUCGUCACUCGUCGUAUGAUUCUCCAUAUAGAACUGGCGGACAUGUUCCUCUCGCACAAAGUCGACACGAACCUUUAACAUCAGUUGCAACAACAGCUUCAGAAUCACGCGCAGAUUUGAAUUCCCCCUAUUUUGAAGAUUCAGGUCGACAAUCUACAUCGGCACUCAAUGGCAAUGCUUACCCAAGUUCACCAUUUGCUCCUCCUGCUAGUCCAGGUCCACAAUCUCCAUAUUCGCCAGGAAUGAGAUCAUCUACACUUCAGCGACAAUCUACGCAAGAAAAUUUUGAGAAUGUUACACCAGGAGAAAUUCAAUUGCAAGCUUUCCAAGAGGGGCUUCCUCCACCACCACCAGUUGGACACUCGUGGAAGAAAAUCGAUAGAUGGGCCGAGGACAACUACGAAGAAUUAUUCGAUCAACUCUGCGAGGGAUGCACAAACAAUGAUUUGAAUGAAUUAGAGCAUCAAUUGGACUGUUCCCUUCCAAUGGAAGUUCGAGAAUCGAUGCAACUUCACGAUGGACAAGAACGUGGUGGUCUACCUACGGGAAUUAUCUUUGGCUCCAUGUUGCUUGACUGUGAGGAAAUUGUACAAGAGUGGGAAAACUGGAAAAAGGUCAACCAGGAAUAUCUUACAGAAUCUUCUUCUUAUAGACCUUCGAUUCCACCCAAGGCAUUAGGUGGUAGCUCAUCUUCGUCGUCGAAGCAACCUGCAAAUGCACAAAACCCCUACUGGAGACAAGAUUUAUUGGCCCGCCAGGAUUCUCAACCUCCUAAUGCCAUUCAAAAGGUUUACGCUCAUCCCGCUUGGAUCCCACUCGUUCGAGAUUGGGGUGGAAACAACUUGGCAGUUGAUUUGGCACCAGGACCAGCUGGUAAAUGGGGUCAGGUUAUUCUAUUUGGUCGGGACUACGAUUGCAAAUAUGUCGUCGCACGAUCGUGGUCUGCUUUCUUGGCUACUGUCGCAGAUGAUCUCAGCAGUGGCAAAUGGUUUGUGGAUGAAGAAACCAAUGAGCUAAAAUUGAAGGAAUUUAAGUCAGGAAAAGUUGAACCUGGUUACUUUGAUAUUUUAAGAUGGAGAAUGGAUCAGAAGUAUGGUCGCAAGAAUGUGCGAAGAAGAUCGGCGCCACCCGUCAAUGGCAAUGGAGGAUCUCCGUCUGGAUCUCCUUACGCAAGCCCAGCUGCCGAAAUUGGUGAGCCACGCGGACGUUCUAUGCAACGUUUCUCAGGAGCCUCACCAAUUCCAAGUCCAAAUCGUCCUGGUUAUGGAAAAUCUAGUCCUUUAGCUCAAGUUGCUGAAGAAGGAUCCGGAUCAGGAAUGAAGGUCAGCACCAUAGAUAUUCCCUCUACGAAACUUGUCGAUGUUCAAACCCCAAGACCAAGUGAGGAAAACAAAUCUUCGGACCAACCAUUUAUAGAAUCCGAUUCGCCUAACGAGAACAAAGAAAAUGAAAAGGCCGGUGAAAAAGUUACAGGAUUGGGAUUAGUAUCAGGAACUUCUGAGAAGGAAACCCAUGCUGAUGAUGAAUCUGCGAUGAAGACAAUUGAAAUCUAAUGCCAAUGCCAACAUACUAUUGAGUUUGUUAGUUGCAUUUCGGGGAUUCUUUCGCAUUGCAUGAGGCGUUUGGGCGUGCGUUGGUAUGAAGAUUCAGAGAUUCAUAAUAAGAAAUUUGAGAUAUUCUUUUUUUUUUUUCACUUUUUUUUUCAAUCUUGUCUCAAUGGCAUGAUAUGUAUGGCUGCGUGGAAAUGUAAUGUUUCGUGAGCUAGUUUCUUCCUUUAUGAAUAUACAGUUUGAGGAAGGGUUUGUGGGAGAGAGAGAAAAGGGGUAGUUAGAGCGUAUAUUUGUGGAUGUGUGUAUGUGGAGCGAAAAUUCAUAUGCGAUUGCGAUGAGUGCUGGAGGGUAGAAAGUUGGGGGUGUAGGUAGGGGUUAAGAGUAGGUAGGAGAUGGAUGUAUGUGGAUGGCGUAGGGAUGAAUAACAAUUACUUACUUACUUAUUGCUCGCUUCCAUGUUAUUGAAUGUUUGAAAU